CUCCUGUACAUGAACAGCGACUUUGAAGGUGGGGAGUUUAUUUUCACGGAAAUGGAUGCCAAGACGGUCACGGCCUCCAUCAGACCCAAAUGCGGCCGAAUGGUCAGCUUCUCCUCCGGUGGAGAGAAUCCCCACGGGGUCAAGGCCGUCACCAGAGGCCAGCGAUGCGCCGUCGCUCUGUGGUUCACCCUCAACCCCCUUUACCGGGAACUGGAGCGAAUCCAGGCCGACGAGAUCAUUGCCUUGUUAGACCACCAACCCUUCAGUCCCACCGAGCCGGACAUCAAUCCCAAAGACGAGCUAUGAACCAAACGAAAGGAACUCUCUACUCCAAAUAUUUAUUUAAUAAUAUUGGUUGUAAAUCUUAUGAGAACCCUUUUUAUUUUUGUACGGAGCCUUGGUAAUAAUUUAAAGGUGGGGGUGACGCGAGAAAGGCAGUGGGCUCUUCCAUCUCCUCCUCCAGGAAGUUCUCCAGAACUUCCCCAGCAGUAGCCCAAAGAGGCCAUUUUGUCUCGGCCGUGG